UGUAGGUUCACAUUAUCGCACGGACUGGGGGGCCUGGCUACCAAUGUUUGGGGUAGUUUCCUCGACCCCCUCACCUCCAAGCAAAGCAACAUCGCGCAACUCAAUAAACAGAACAUAUCCUCAACUACAAUCCUUGCUAUCAACUUGUCGGCGGUGUCCGCUACUCUUUCACACACAAUGGGUGACUACAAGACAUUUGACCUGGGCGACGUCGAGCUCCAGCUGGGUGGCAGGCUAGAAAAUGCCUUCAUCGCUUACAAGACGUACGGCGACGCAGCAAGCCCAGCCAUCAUCUACCCAAGCUGGUUCAGCGGCCUCAUCUCAGACAACGAGUGGCUCAUCGGGGAAGACAAAGCCCUCAACCCUAAACGCUACUACAUUAUCGUCCCUGCAAUGUUCGGCAAUGGCCAGUCCACCAGCCCGUCCAACACACCACGCGAUCCUUCCCGACCCUUCCCCAGCAUCACCCUCCGCGACAACGUCACGGCGCAGCACCAGCUCGUAACCAAGGGACUGGGCGUCACCCACGCGCGCUGCGUUCUCGGCUGGAGCAUGGGCGCCGCGCAGACAUACCAGUGGCUCACGCAGUUCCCCGACUUCACCGACCUCGGUGUGCCGUUUUGCGGCAGCGCGCGGACGUCGCUACACAACCAGGUCUUCCUCGAGGGGGUGAAGAGCGCUCUGCUUGCCGCCAAGGGCGCCUCAUCGGCGGGGAGCUGCGCUGGCGAAAGCACACCUGCGGAGAGGUACAGGGUGUGGUCCGAAGAGGAGAGGACGGCGGGGCUCAAGGCGCUCGGCCGUGUAUAUGCGGGGUGGGGGUUCAGCCAGGCCUUCUACCGAGAGCGCGUGUACGAGACUGCGCUCGGCUACAGCAGUCUCGAGAAGUUCAUGACGGACUUUUGGGAGGCGUGGGCGCUCUCCAAAGGUUUGCCAGUGUUACCCCUUCCACCAGUGCCUGUCUAGUCUGCGCCGACCUCUGUUAAGCUAACUAACCAUGCCCUAUUCAUCGAGUAGACCCGGAGAACAUGUUGACAAUGCUGGAGACGUGGCAAAGGGGGGAUUGUGCUAACCAAGAGCCAUACAACGGCAACUUCAAAGCCGCCAUGCAAGCGAUCAAAGCCAAAACGCUGGUGCUGCCGGGCAAGACAGAUCUCUACUUUCCUCCCGAAGAUUCGGAAUACGAAGUGCAGUGCAUGGCAGAAGGAAUUGGAGAAUGCGUUCCGUUCCCGUCCAUCUGGGGCCACUGGGCUGGCGGACCUGGAUUGAGUAAAACGGAUCUGGAUUGGCUUGACAAGAAAUUGAAGUCUCUUCUGGGCGAUGACCACAAGGCCACAGAGUUACCUUUGAGAAACGCAAAGAUGCCAGUGGAAGCUUAGCUUAGGCGAGCCCAUCCUGAGCUGCAGGACUACUGUUACCAUUGUCCGGGUCCUCUGCUCCCUCAGGUAGCUACGGUCUUAGUUUACUUAUGAGGAUGACCAGCUUCAUCACUUCCUCUU